UGGCAGUCAUGACAAAACUACCAAGAAGAGGCUUAGAAAUGGCACUUGAUGGGAAGAAUGUUCCUGCUUUACAAGUGAAGCUUAUCAGAAUGCAGAAUACUGUUUACCUAAUACUAAAUAUUUGUCUCUACUCCUUCACUCCAGUGUCCUCCAGUGAGCCUCACCUGCGCUGCUCAAAGAACAACAUCCCCAAGGCCAGGAUGAGAACCCUGAAAAUGAGUAUCGUCAUCGUGAUAUGCUUCAUAGUGUGCUGGACUCCCUACUACCUGCUGGGCCUGUGGUACUGGUUUUUCCCCGACGACUUGGAGGGAAAGGUCUCUCACUCCCUCACCCACAUCCUCUUCAUCUUCGGUCUUUUCAACGCCUGCCUGGACCCUAUUAUCUACGGACUGUUCACGAUACGUUUCCGUAGAGGGCUCCGAAGCGGCCGUCGCUUCGCACACGCGGUGACUUCAUUCCACGAGACUAAAUCGGCAGAAAAGGAGGCUUUGAACUGCACUGCCAUGGGUUCGUCCUGCAGGAGAGGGGUGAGGAGCGAGGGCAAGGCCGGCGACUGUUCACACACUGUCCUCAAAUCCACUGACAUGUGUUUAACUGUGUUCACUCAAGGAGGGCGACGCUCUCACGACAUAC